AUGAAUAGGCUCAAGGCACAUAUUAAUCAGCGAGUGCCAGUGAAAGAACUACCCAUUAUCAAGGAAAUAUUAAACUAUGAAUGCCAAUUAGAAGUAGUAAAAUUUGUUCGACUGCGCAUCGAGAUUAACCCAUACUAUUUCAAAUGCUUUCUCAAGCUUUACAUUAGUGAGAUUGAACUGGUGCAAGAGGAGACCUCGGAUGAACUAUAUGAGUUGUUUGUUGAUCCACAAAUUUUAAACUCCAAGGAAUUGGAUGUUGAUGUUCCUGAAAUUAUCUCAUACAAUGUUGGAGGUUUUUCCACUGGUGGUGAUGGUGAUGGUGAUGGUGAUUGUAAAAAAAAAAAUCAAACCAUCCUAGUGGAAGAAACUCCGAAGUUAAUCUCAGGCAAUAACACUACAGGUCUUCGAACUUGGGAGGCCGCAUUGUAUUUGGCAAACUGUCUACAGGAUUCUGCAAUUGUUAACUCACUCUUACCUUCUGGUUUGGAUCAAAGUAAAACAAUUUUGGAGCUUGGUUGCGGAACAGGUUUACUUGGUCUUUCUUUAGCCAAGUCUCAAAAAAUAUACAAUUCUGGAACCAAAACACCAUCAAAGAUUAUAAUGACUGACGGAUCAAUGGCUGUAUUUGAAAAUAGUCAUUCUAUGCUAAAUUUAAAUAGUAUUGAUUCCUCCUUGGUCCAAUUUCGUCAGUUGAUCUGGGGUGAGGAUCUUGCCCUUGCUGAAAAUGUAGAUGUGGUUGUUGGUGCAGACAUUACCUAUGAUUCAAGGAUCCUUGAACCUUUAUGCAAAACAAUUGAUGAUCUAUUUCGCAAUCAUGGUCUACAAACUGCGCUCAUUUCGGCCACAAUUAGAAAUGCCAAGACAAUUGAAAGCUGGGAAAAAGAACUCAACAUUUGGUUUGAGAAGAGAUGGAACGUUCCAGUGGUGGAGAAACAGCCAGGUAAUAUCAAGUCUGCUUGUUACUUUAGCACUAAUACUCCAGAGAUACGUAUUUACCGUAUUACAAGGUAA